AUGCCAUUAGCUUGUUUUGCCUCACCUGAACUAGAAGUUGGUCGAUUUGGGAAAGUAUGUGGCGUGCAGAGGGCGAGUAUUAGUGAGGAGGUACCCCGCUGGGCCGAAGCAUUUAUCAAAUUAUUUAUACAUUCAUGGCCACCCAUUGCUUUGGGCUCUCGGCUAUUGAGCGACACGUCCGACGAUCGUCGUAUACAAGAUCCGCAAAGUUCGAGUUGUCUAAUUACUGACAGGCCCUUGAGAUAA